CAUUCAUUCAUCUCAAGUUAGCCAUCUCGCGUGCGCUCUUUCGAGAUCAAUAUUAAUGGAAGGAUCCUCCGCACAUAUGUGCGUAGGCGCAAGGGGCUACCGCCCACGGAGGAAGGGCUAUGAGCGAUUGGGUGGCUCACCAACCCGAUUCAAGAGGGCUGGCAGGGUGGAGGCAGGCCUGGCCCUGAGGCAGAGAAGCGGGAAGACCUCUCGGAAGCCAAUUGCCAAGGGGUUCUUCCUAUGGCUCCGGGACUCGUAUGUGAGGAUGAUGCUAGUGCUCGCAGAGAUGCAGCUUGCUGGCAGUUACGACGGCUUUGAAGGGCCCAACAUCGGUGGGGUAUUCGAGAGGGCCCCACCAAAGGAGUACGAUAAGCAGGUACUCAUGGAGAUAUUCGGGCAGGUGCGGACCACGCUUGGGUCAAAGCGGGUUAACCGUGAGGCGGGACAGUGGGUACGCGCUAAAAGGAUAGCAAGUUUGCUCUCCGAGCUGAAAGAAGAAGCUGACGAGGAUUUCGUAGAUGAUUUAAAUGUCAUAGGAAAAAUAGAGGAGCCUGGAGAAAAGCGGCAUAAGAGUAUCCUUGAUACAAAUUUUCGAACUGGAAGAGUUACUUCCGUUGAUCGUUGUCUAAAGAUACGGGAUGGUGCUAGAUCAGAAGCGUAAAGUUGACGUGAAACACAAUGUCCGUAGAGCCGAAAGAGGAACUCGAUACGUUGCGCGAGAGGAAGCGUGCCAUGCUCCUCAGAAAGGAACGGUGGCACCCAACGUCGAGCUUAUGUUCAGCACAACAAAAUCUUCAAAUUACUCCUCUUUAUUUAUUAUUUUUUUGGUUAUAGGAUAGUUCAUGAACUGAUACUCUGUCUUUAAUAUGAUGUAGUAACUCAUAAAGGCUCCAUGCCAUUUUGGAAGGCUUUUUUUUUUUUUUUUGUGAACUCAUUUGGAAGUUGCUUUGUGAUAGGACCAGACAUAAGAAACAUCAAAGAUCAUGAUUUUUCCCUCUUA